GGAGCCCACUUCAUGAUGUCAUUGUUCCAUCAGUCUCUCACAGAUCAACGAGCAUUGAGGCAGAGGAGGGCAAUGAUGAAGCUUUUUUUGUGGUUUGGUGUAGUGGUGGUACUUUGUCUGAACAGUGGGGGGGUUGAUGGGUUUGUUGUUGAGCAUAGUCUAAAUGAAACAGAGCUGCCUUUGUUAGAUUCUUAUGGAGUCUCAGCAGCAAGUAAUAAUCUUUUGAUGGUAGGUCUCACCCUCAUUCAUGGAGCUAAUGGAAAAGGAGCAGUAUGCUUGGAUGGAACAUUACCCGGGUAUCAUUUGCAUCGUGGAUAUGGAUCAGGAGCAAAUAGUUGGCUCAUUCAGUUGGAGGGCGGUGGAUGGUGCAAUAGUAUUAGAAAUUGUGUUUACCGUAAAACAACGCGAAGGGGAUCAUCAAAUUUCAUGGAAAAACAGAUUGCAUUUACUGGAAUACUGAGUAAUAAACCUGAAGAAAAUCCUGACUUUUUCAAUUGGAAUAGAGUAAAGCUUCGCUAUUGUGAUGGUGCUUCUUUUACUGGAGACAGUGAACAUAAGGCUGCAGGAUUGCAAUUUAGAGGGCAGCGUAUAUGGUUGGCUGCAAUGGAAGAUUUAAUGUCCAAAGGAAUGCGCUAUGCCAAGAAUGCUCUUCUUUCUGGAUGCUCUGCUGGGGGUCUAGCAGCCAUUUUACAUUGUGAUGAAUACAGAAACUUUUUUCCAAGAACUACAAGAGUAAAGUGCCUGAGUGAUGCUGGAUUGUUUCUUGAUGCGGUUGAUGUUUCUGGUGGACGAACUCUCAGAAAUAUAUACAGUGGUGUGGUAGGGUUGCAGGGGGUGCGAAAUAAUCUGCCUCGCAUUUGCACUAACCACCUUGAUCCUACUUCGUGCUUCUUCCCCCAGAACUUAAUCUCCGGUGUGAGGACCCCAUUGUUUGUUCUCAAUGCAGCCUAUGAUUCAUGGCAGAUCCAAUCCAGCUUAGCACCUCCAUCAGCAGAUCCCCACGGCUACUGGCAUGAUUGCAGAUUAAACCAUGCAAAAUGUUCCAUAUCACAGCUUAAAUUUCUGCAAGGUUUCAGAAACCAAAUGUUGAAUUCCAUCAAACAAUUCUCAGUGUCUCGUCAAAAUGGGCUAUUUAUAAAUUCGUGUUUUGCUCACUGCCAAAGUGAGAGGCAGGACACUUGGUUUGCUGAUAAUUCUCCUGUUCUUGGCAACAAGCCCAUCGCACUGGCUGUUGGUGAUUGGUAUUUUGACCGAGCAGGUGUCAAGGAUAUUGAUUGUCCCUACCCGUGCGACAAUACUUGCCACCAUCUGGUUUUCCGAUGAGUCUAGUUCUACACAAUUGGUUCCUUCACAUGGUCAUCUCGUCAAGUAAUCAGUAUCUACCUUUCUGCUAUUGGAAAGUUCUUUACAAUUCAAUUAAAAUCAAUAGGAGGAAUAAUAAUAAUAAUGAUAUAAAUGCUGCUGAGAAACAUGGAAUUGGUCUCUGCAAGCAUUUCACAUUGAUAUUUACUAUAUUGAUAAAAGCUCUUUAUCCGUUAUGUUUCUACUGAAGACAUUCUUGAAAUUAGCGAAGCUAAUUAAUUGUAACCUUUUGCGUUAGCUUGUUACCUUGUUGAUUAAAUUUGCUAUUCUUUUGAGAGAGAAAGAAUAGGAGAAAGAGGGUUACAACCUCAAUCUUUUCAAUUCUU